UCAAAACACACACGAGGAUGGGUGCAGGAGCGAGCCGGGUUCUUCCGCGUCAAUCGCCUAAGUGUCUAAGAGACAUGGAGUCGCGGAAAAAGCUUUUCAUGGGUGCAAUAUGCGGGAGUCCGCUUCUUGUGAUGGACGCACUUGACCACGGAGAAAACCCCAACAAACCGGCCAGGGAUACACGUAUGACCGCGCUGCAUUACGCCGCCCGUUAUGGUAAUGAGAAGUGUAUCGAGCUACUUCUGAAGAGUGGUGCAAAGCUUAAUGUGCCUCAGAGGUAUGGCUGGCGACCGAUCCACGAGGCGGCUAUGAAUGGGCAUACCGAGUGCGUGCGCAUGCUUCUGAGAUAUGGCUCGCACGCCAAUGCCAAAACGGGGAAGACAAUACGAAACAUGACGCCGUUACAUUACGCUGCACGAAUGGGACAUCUGGAUUGUGUGAAGGUCCUGGUGGAAAUGGGUGCACGUGUGGACCACACCAAUGAGCUCUACGAGACGCCCUUCCACGUGGCUGCAAUGCGAGAACAAGUGCCCGUCAUGGAAUAUCUACUAGACCAAGGGGCCAACAUCAACGCUCGCACCCUGAGCAACAUGGACGCCACGUACUUCUCAGUCAUGAUUGGCUCGCUCCAGGCCGUUCGCAUGCUAAUGGAGCGUGGUAUUGACCUGGAGGCCGUGUAUCGGGACGGGUGGCGCUUGAUUCAUGUUGCCUCGGAUAACGGCCGUGUCAAGGUCCUCGUCACGCUCCUGGACGCAGGAGUCGACAUCGAGAGCAAGACCUACGAGAGACGGCUCACAGCUGUACACGUGGCCGCAAGGCAAGGACAGGUUGGAUGUCUCAGGGUACUGAGGUAUUAUGGUGCGGACAUGCACGUGCUGUGUACACGUGGUCAGACGGCGCUACAAAACGCGGUCAAGCGCAAGCAUGCUGAGUCAGCAAGAUUUCUUAUCGACGCCGGCGUUGACGUCAACGUGGUCAGCGAUUACACUAAAGAGACGGCACUACACAUGUGUAUGCUGCAUAAAGAUGUCACCUUGCUCAAAAUGCUUCUUGUGGCCGGGGCAGACCCAACUUACAAAGAUCACUGGGAAAAGACAGCUCUAGACUUAGCGUGGGAUAAAGAGAGCCGAAAACUGGUAUUAGCAAGUUUUCACAACAAGUGACAUGAUAUAAGAACAAGUAAAACUGUUUAGACAAGUUAUCACAACCUGUAAUUCAAGCUUCCUUCGCGUGUUUAUAGAUUGUGGAUUGUUUGCGGAAGAUGGUUAGAAAAUUUGUUCAAUAAAUGCACUUUCUAAAAAGA